AUGAGUAUUAAAACGAAGGUAGCAAAAACUGUGAUAAAACACACGCUGGGAAAUAUGACAAAUAGUUCCGUGCGUGAUCUGCCUCCCCAAGAAGAACCUCAAAUUCAUGUAACAAUUCCUGAAAAUGAUCAAAUUACUCCUGGAGAAGAAUUUUUAGUAGAUCGAGCAAAAAAUAGAUCUGUAGUGAUUGAGGAUGGAUCGGUUGAAGUUAUUAGAGCAUCACAAUUAUCACAACCACCAAGUGUUGCUCAAGGGCCUGAUCGUAGCGGUAGAUUUUAA